AGGACCGAGUCUUAUAUGUUUUGUCAGGAAAUGGACGAUAAUGUUAUUAUUGGUGCUAGUACUGCGAACGAUGAUAAUUUCGUCAAGGAGCAAGAGCGGCUGUUGCCGAUAGCCAACGUGGGGCGGAUCAUGAAGGGAAUUCUGCCAUCCAACGCGAAAAUCUCCAAGGAAUCGAAGGAGACGAUGCAGGAAUGCGUGUCGGAGUUCAUUAGCUUUGUCACCAGUGAGGCGUCCGACAAGUGUAGGAAGGAAAGGCGAAAGACUGUGAAUGGCGACGAUGUUUGCUGGGCGCUGGAAACACUUGGCUUUGAUGACUAUGCCGGCCCUAUUAGAAGGUAUUUGCAUAGAUAUAGGGAGCUAGAAGUAGAUAGAGCUAAUCAAGACAGGCUUAGGAACACUGAUGAGUGAUCGAUUAUCAUCAUGGAGAUCAAUAAGCAUGAGCCUAGCUAGCCUUUUUCAUGUGAUUCAAACUAGCUUGAAAGGACUCCAUAUAUAUAUAUAUA